AUGGGGAUUGUCGGAAGCCGACUUGACGACUCAGGGUGCCUGUAUUUCAAGGAUCAGAACAAAUUAACGAUCGCAUCUGUGACGAUAUCUAAUUCUCGCCGUGUACUCCUCAACCUCGUUCCAAACGCAUUCCCCGCGACUAGGUAUAAUGCGAGAAGAGACCUUGGCGAUGAUGCCUUGGUUGAGUAUAUACAGGACCCGGACUCUCCUCCGUCUGCUCCCACCCCGUCGUUCCUCUUACGCCUAAACAACGAUGAUGAACUCAUUUUCAAAUUUACCUUUGUUCUAAGACAAACACAAACUGGGAACGUGACGAAUUCGACAGUUAACGGGGUUUCGACGACAUUACCCGAAGUAGCCGACACCAUAUUGACGGGCUUGACCUUCGCGCAUGCGCCCAACUCAAAAGAGCUCGACAAUCUGGUCACAAGGGAAUUCCACGCGAAUCCGAAUUUACAGAAUAACUCGAAUGUCCAGCUUGUGGGGGAUUUCUCGACCGGUGGCAGCCCAUCUGUCCAGUUUGACUGGACCUGGAAGUGGAAGCCCCCGAAGGGCACGGAAGACAAGGGUGGUGGCUGGCGGAAUAGCUGCAGCUUCUUGGAUUACGACCAAAGAGCGAACCGGCUCAAUACCCUCGCCUAUUUUUCGUUUUGGGUACAAAAUACCGCGCGCGCUCUGCCGAGUCCGCAGGUUAUUUCCCCGAAUCUGGAUGUCCACAUGCCUAUCCGCAACCGAGUUCCCUCCUCGCAUUCAGUUUUAUCACAUUCUAGCGAUGCAGAUAUAUCGUCAACCGCUCAAAUACAAGUUGUACCGGAGACACCCCCAGAGGUAAAUGAUGCGCCUUCAACUUCCGCAGCUCCGGCCCCCGUGAAGGUAGAUCUUCCCCAUUCGCGUCCGGGUGAGGAUAUGAGUGCGGUCGAAGAUGGUCCUCUAUUCCGUGCUACCAUGAAGGCGCUAGAGCAGAAGACUGGCAAUAUGCGCGCAAAAAUCAAGAAGCUCCUGAAGAAGGCCGAGGCUGCGCAUCAAGCCCAGACCGCUUGCAAUGAAGCUGUGGAGGCCUUUUUAUCUGCCCUUGGGGAUGCGUCUACGUCUAACGCGAACGCAAUCCAACCAGCAUUGGACCACUAUUUUGAAAAGAUUUCGCGGCAGAUACUGAACUACGAGCGCCUUAACGCCUUACAGCUUCAAAGGCUGGUUAUUGAACCCCUUCUGAAACUCUAUACUAACGACAUCAAACAAGCGGAAGCUAAGAAGAAAGAAUUUGAAGAAGAAAGCCGGGACUAUUAUGCUUACGUUGGUCGAUACCUCGGACAACGGCAGGACUCGUUAAAGGAAAAAAAGCGAGUGGAGAGUGACUCUAAGUACCAGGCGAAACGGCGAAAUUUUGAGUUAAGACGGUUCGACUAUUCAUCAUUCAUGCAGGAUCUUCAUGGUGGCCGCAAGGAGCAGGAGGUUCUCUCUCAUCUUACUAAAUAUGCGGACACUCAGGCGAAGAGCUUCCUCGCUGCUGCCAAACACGUGGACGACAUGGUGCCACAGCUUGAUGCUCUUAUCCAUGAGGUCAAUCAAGCCGACAAGGAAUUCCAAUUCCAGAGAACGGAGAGGGAAGAGAAACGGAGAGCUUUGGAGAAAAGCAGCAACACGUACCUUGAGCCUGACGCGCCCACCAGCGCGAGCGCUGCGUCAACGUUAGUCGGUAGCGGCAAUGGGAAUCAGAAAUCAGAGGGCGACUUGGGUCGCGCAGACAGCACGGGGUCGCAGCUACGAAGUGUCACGAGCAACAAUUCAUCCACGUCAACUCAGACAGCCCCUCCCACAAACCCCCCGGCUGGGACAUCCGCCGUGACCUCAGUAAUGAACCCGAGUUGCCAACAAAGGAAAGAAGGGCUGCUCUGGGCAUUAUCUCGACCGGGUUCUCAUAUUGAUCCCAAGGGAAUCAACAAGCAGGCUUGGCAUAAAUUUUGGAUUGUUCUCGACCAAGGCAAGUUGUCAGAAUACAGCAACUGGAAACAAAAGCUUGACUUACACAUGGACCCCAUCGAUCUGCGGAUGGCCUCGGUAAGAGAGGCUCGGAAUGCAGAACGGCGAUUUUGCUUCGAGGUCAUCACUCCGCAAUAUAAGCGCAUUUACCAAGCGACUUCAGAGGACGAUAUGGGUAAUUGGAUCCGGGCGAUCAACAACGCUCUACAGAGCGCGGUUGAAGGACGUAGCAUGUAUCCACCCCCAGUAUCCGAUGGCGAUAAACCAUCCAUCGGUCGUGACAUAGGCUCCGUGCUGACGGGGAAGAGCUCUUCGGUUUCCCAUCACUCCCACCAUCCAUCUGCCUCCAGCAACGUGACCCGCCGCACGACAGUUGGCGCCCGGCCAAGCUAUGUUCGCAGCGAUUCGCAGGGAUAUGAAGAUAAUCCCUCGAAGCUACUACAAGCGGUUCGCGACGCCGACCAAGGCAACCACUGGUGCGCGGACUGUAACUCCACCUCCAAAGUUGAGUGGGUCUCCAUAAACCUGGGGAUCGUUUUGUGUAUUGAGUGCAGUGGCAUUCACCGGUCUCUGGGGACGCACAUCUCCAAAGUUCGAUCACUCACAUUGGAUGUCCAUUCUUUCUCGAACGAUAUCGUUGAGAUUCUUCUUCAAGUUGGAAACCGCGUUAGCAAUAUGGUUUGGGAGGCCACUCUAGACCAGUCUCAGAAGCCUAUGUCCUCGUCCACUCGAGAACAACGGCUCAGAUUCAUCACGGCCAAAUAUGCGGAAAGGACAUUCGUCCAACCCCUGCCGUCUCCAUUAUCACGAUUUCCGACAGCGGACGAAACACUUCUCGCCUCAAUCAAGAGGAACGAUAUUCAAGGGGUGUUGUACGGCAUCGCUCUCCGUGCCAAUGUGAACGUCGCCGAUCGUUCCCGUAGCACUGACGCUGUCUUCCUCGCCUUAGCUGCAGCUGAUCCGGCCCAACCCGGUUCAACACCUUCAAGUAUAGCCUCUCGACCUAGUACAUCCGCCAAAACGAUCCCUUUCCCCGUCGCUGAGCUCCUAGUACAGAAUGGAGCCGAGAUCCCUUCCCAACCCCCGCCAAUUCCUCUUUCACCAGCUGCUCAGUUAUACCUCAACCAGCGAACCGCACGACUCUCUGGUUUGAGUCAUCCAGCUCCUGUUGCAUCGCCGCCAGAUACACUGGGAUCACUGCCUACCCUCCGGGGGCCUGGAACAAGCGGCGAACAUGCACCGAGUCCAUUGGAGAACAAAGAGCGUGAGAAACUGCAUAAAAGAGGGAGUGCUGGAGCCAGGUUUGCUGGUAAAGUUGCUUCGCUGGGCAUUGAUCGAUAA